AAUACAAAGCAAGAAAACUGUGUGUUUCCACCAAGUAGUUCUUCAAAGCCAAGGAUAUGGCCAAGUACAUCUCUGGGCAGGCUCUAUUCCCUUACCUAGUUCUUCUCAUUUCUCUUCUCGUCAUCCGCCUUGCUGAGUCUGAUGAUGAGCAAAUGGGGAUUACAACCAUGGUUUUGAGCUCAUCCUCCGAAUCCACUGCGGAGAUCCCUUUGCCCCAAAAGAUAGAUUGUGGCGGAGCUUGUGAUACGAGGUGUGCUCUGUCGUCGAGGCCAAAGCUGUGCAAGAGGGCAUGUGGGACGUGCUGCGCGCGGUGCGACUGCGUGCCGCCGGGGACUUCUGGGAACUACGACGCUUGUCCCUGCUAUGCCAACAUGACCACCCACGGUGGCCGCCGCAAAUGCCCUUGAAAACACAUAUGCGCGUCUUUCACUAAUUCACUAUAUACAUGUAUGUAGUAUUUGCUAUUAUGCUGCUAAUGUUGCGUCUCUGAUUUUGGAAAUAAAUGUACCAACCUC